GUAUAGAGCGACAGAGGGACGUGGUGGAGAUGUAGCAAACUACGGAAAUAACUAUUUUAACGUUUUAUGCUUUUCUAUAGUGCAUUUAAGUUUCUCUGCUUUCUUUACUUUUCUUAACCUAUUUCACGGCCGUUUGUGUCGAUUUACGUUCCGAGUCGUGUAUCCUUGGCAACGCGAACUACUGUCCCGAGAAGUUUGGACCAAGUGUGUUACACCAACCGGAAAAUAAACUGGAUAUUUCCCCGCCGAAAUAACGGAAAUGACUCUGCUUUGCACAUGGAAGUAUUUCAAACUGUUUUGAUUCAAAUUCAACGUUUUUCAUUUUAAACCCAGUGUUUGGGGAAACGGGACAGCGCGAGACAAUAGUAGUGCAAGAGGGAGCUCGUGCUGGGGGGAAUCGAUGCCUCGCGGGGGCUUUGUUCUGCCGCGAGCCUUCUGCUGAGACCGACUGAUGGCCGCUGGAUUUAUGAAUGUUUACUGAUUAAUAAACGGAUUGAAAAGCCUUUAGAACAACAUGGAGAUGACUCUGUCCGAGUUACUGUCCACUUUCAUGGAGUCUCCGCUGGUGGUGUGGGUGCGGACGCUGGGCCCUCUGGGUUCCUGUGAAGACGCAGGCUCAGAGGAGCAGGUGCACAUGUUCAUGGAGCUGGUGGACGGCGUCUUCCUGCACAAGAUCAUGACACACAUCGACCCCAGCCCCACCAAUCAGAGACUGACCAAGAAUGUGAACAAUGACGUGUCGCUCCGCCUCUACAACCUGACCGUCCUCACCAGACACAUCAGGACGUACUACCAGGACACCUUACAGCAGCUAAUCGUCAUGCCCCUUCCCAACAUCCUCUCCAUCGCCAAGGAUCCAAUAUCAGUUAAGAGCAUGGAGGAGCUGAAAAGACUUUUGUUGCUGGUACUAGGCUGUGCUGUCCAGUGUGAGCGUAAGGAGGAGAUGAUAGAGAAGAUCAAGCUGCUGGACAUUGACACUCAAGCUGCGAUUGUCUCUCACAUCCAGGAGGUGACCCAUAACCAGCUGAAUGUCCUGGACCUCUCCUGGCUGGAUGAAGAAUCAGAGCUCGGUCACGAGGAGCUGGAGCCUCUGUCCCGCAACAUGGCUGCGUCGCUACAGCAACUGAUCGACCAGAGAGACAAAGCUAGUGAGGUGAUUGUGGAUCUGACCCAGGAGAGGGACUACCUGUUCAGUCAGCAGCCCCAGGAGGGCUGCAGGAACCUGGGUGUGAGCAGCCCAGAGCGUGGGCAGGGUUCUGGAGGAGUUGGAGUGAAUAACGGGGGAUCGGCUGUCAAUACGUCUGGGCUGACCAAAGAGGAGAAGCAGCAUCUGUCCGUGGAGCUCGCUGACACCAAAUCCAAGCUCCGCAGAUACAGACAAGAACUGGAGGAGAAGACGGAGCAGCUGAUGGAUUCUAAACAUGAAGUGGAGCGACUCGAUCAGGAGUUGCAGAGACAGAAACAAGAGAACCAGUCACUGUCGUGUGAGGCCCGGUCGGUCAGAGCGUACCGGGACGAGGUGGACUCUCUGAGGGAGAGAGCAGCCCGGGUGGACCGACUGGAGACAGAACUGACCCGGUGUAAAGAGAAACUCAAUGAUGUUCACUUCUACAAGACCAGGAUGGAGGAGCUCCGUGAGGACAACGAGACGCUCAUUGAGACGAAGGUGCUGUUGGAAGAGCAGCUGUCAGCCUCCAGGGGGCGCUGUGACAAACUGCACACGCUUGAGAAAGACAACCUGCUACUACGAGCUAAACUAAACGACUUGGAAAUGGAGCGGGACAACGAACGUCGGAGGAUGGAGGAGCUGGUGGAGGAGAACAUGCUGCUGGAGAUCGGGCAGAAACAGAGCAUGAACGAGUCAGCUCACCUGGGCUGGGAGCUGGAGCAGCUGUCCAAGAACCAUGACAACACUAAAACAGAGACUCGUAAGUCCUUGGUCCAUGAGCUGAACGAGUGUGUCUCCAGUCGGGUGUUGAAGCUGGAGAAGGAGAACCGGGAGCUGCAGGCCUCUAUGGAGAGACUGAAGGAGGAGAACCACCUCCUGCAGGAGCAGCAGCUCCACACCCAGGAUCUGGAACGGGAGAACCAAGGCUUCAGCAAGAAGAUUGAGCGUCUCCAGGGUCUAUUGGAGCAGGAGAGACUGACUAAUCAGGACAUGGAGUCUCUGGGGGAGGAAAUACUGAAGGAAAAACAGAAUCUGGAGAGAGAUGUGCACAGUCUCAGGGCGGAGAAAGACAGACAGAUCUCAGAGUUGGAGAGUGAGAAGCAGCACCUCUCUGACGCCGUGGCGUCCCUUCAGGAGCGCGCUCAGUCCAACAGCGAGUCCAGGGUCCGCGAGGUGGAAACCGAGAACCGCCACCUGCACCAGAACAUCACGGACACCAGCUCCCGAGUGGCCAGCUUAGAGACCCAACUCAAACUGGCCAAUGAGGAGGCAGAGAGGCUGAGGAAAAAGGCGGGGCGAUGUGAGGAGCUGGAGCGGGAGGUGGCGAGGCUGGAGAGGGGCAGGGACACUUUGAGCAGAGAGCUGGCCUCUCUGCGUGCUUGCAGCGAGCAGUCGGAGGCUCUGGAGAAGCAGGUGUCCUCCCUGGAGCAGGAGGUGCACCGGCUGAAGCGGGAGCUGGAAGAGGCUCAGCAGGAGCUGCAUCGGCUGGGGAGGCAGGAAGCGGAGAACAGCCUGCUUUCCAAGGAGAACCUGGACCUGCGCUGCUCCAUGGAAAACCUGCGCUCCUCAUCCGCCCGUCUGGCUACCCUGCAGGACGAGCAAAAGGAGGCGCAGAGACAGUCUCAGGAUCUGCAGAGGAGGCUGGAGGAGGCCAGAGAGGAGUCGCAGGGAGAGAGGAAGAGGGCAGAGAGGCUUGAGCAGAACAUGGCUGCUCUGAACCAGGAGAAGCAUCGCUUAGAGGAGAAAAUACAGAGGAGCAAAGAGGAGAGGGAAGAGGAAGAGAGGGGCAGGCAGGAGAUGCAGGUCAGAGAGGAAGAACUAAGAAGGGAAGUACAAGAACUGAAGAAGGAGCGGAGAAGGAGGGAGGAAGUAGAAGAGGAGAGGAGGAAGCUCCAAGUGGACUUGGAGCAGGCAGAGAAGGGCAGGAAGAACCUGGAGAAGGAGAGCUGGAGGAGCAGGACGCUGCUGGAGGGGAAAGAGAUGGAGCUGGAGGAGAAGGCCAGGAGACUAACCACCGUGGAGAAAGAGGGCGCUACUCUGAAGAAGGAAGUGGAGAGGCUGAGGGAGGUGUCGGUGAAAGCCAAGGAGCUGGAGAAGGAGAACAAAGAGUUGCAGAAACAGGCGACUAUCGACAAGAGGACUCUGGCCACGCUGAGAGAGGAUUUGGUGUCAGAGAAGCUGAGUGUUCAGCAGCAGAGUGUUGACCUGGAGAGACUCAAUGAAGAACUGGAGAAGAUCGGACUGAACAAAGAGAAACUGCUGCAGCAGGAGCACACGCUGGAGGACAGCCGGUACAGGCUGCUGGAGUCCCGGCUGGAGGAAACUGUCCAGCAGACGAUGAAGAUUAAAGAGGAGAAGAUCUUUUCUCUAGAAAAGAAACUGGAAGAGAGCAAAAAGCUCAACACCAAGCUGCGUGCUGACCUAUCCACCGUAAGACAUUUACACACACACUCUAACCAAAUGUCCCCUCAGAUUAGGAUGUGUGUUACAAUUUGUUAUUUUCUCCAGGGGGAAGAAAACCACAACUCCUAUCAGCGCUCUGAAAGUGACCGGGGUCAAGGGUCAGCCACAGCAGAACUGCUCAAAAUCAAAGAUCAUAUUAUCGAUAUGGAAAAGAAUAAUGCAUCCCUGCAGACGGAGAGCAGUCUGCUGAAAGGGCAGAUAAAACAGCUGGACAACCAGAACACAUCUCUGAACAACCAGAUGUUGGGGCUGCAGCGACACACCACCUCCAUGCAGGAGCAGAACUCAGCAUUACACAAGCAGACAGCCAAGCUACAGGUGGAGAACUCCACACUCUCUUCCCAGAGUGCAUCCCUUAUGGCCCAGAAUGCCGUGCUGCAGGGCCAGGUCACGGCCUUGGAGUCGGAGGUGGAGUCGUGGCAGAGGCAGCGGGAGGAGGCGUGGCGAGGCAGAGAGAGCGUGCUCAGCGAUCACGAGCGCCUGCUGAACGUUCACGAGAGGCAGGCGCAGGAGUACGAGCAGCUGAUCAGUCAGCACGCUGCUCUGAAGGGCAAACAGAGGGCGCUAGAGAGCGAGCAGCGGACGCUGCACAGCAAGUAUUGUAUUUUGGUGCAGCAGAAAGAGAAAUGGGAUGAGCAGGAGGGGCACGGUCGAAAGGAGAAGGAGGAACUGAGCCAGGAGAUCCAGAAGAACCGGCUCCUGCAGCAGGAGAAUCUACAGCUCAAAUCAGAAGUGGACAGAGUCACAGAGAGCCAAUCCCAGCAGGCCGGACAGUGUGAGGGGCUGCAGCACAAAGUGAACGAAAUGAAGAGCUUAUUAAGCUCCUCCCAGCAGGAAGUCACUCGCUGGAUGGCACAAUACGAUUCCCUGAUGGAGCAGCACCAGGUCCUGGAUCUCACCAUGACCAAACUGGACAACCACUGUGAGCUGUUGAGUCGACUGAAAGGGAACCUGGAAGAGGAGAACCACCAUCUGCUGAGUCAGAUCAACCUGCUGAGUCAGCAGAACCACACGCUACUGGAGCGGAGCAUGGAGAGCAAAGAGCUGUAUCACCAGGAGCAGAAGCUAUACAUAGAUAAGCUGAACGCUCUACGGCGUCAGAAAGAAAAACUGGAGGAGAAGAUCAUGGACCAGUACAAGUUCUACGACCCCACACCCAAAAAGAGGAGUCAGUGGUCCGGAGCUAAAGCUUUAGCCAAACUGAUCAAACCCCGGAAGGAGAGCAGCAGGGAGCGAGGGGCCGACCGGGACAAGGAGGCAGGCAAAGACAGAGACCGAGCAAAGGGCGCCCCGGACAUCCCACUGCCCUCCCCACCUCCCCUCCUCCCUCCUGAAACCCCACCCCCACAUCAACAGCGCUCAGGAAAUUACACACUAGACAGUGCCCACGCCCACAGUAACCAUAACAACCACACCGCCAGUCUGGGACCCCAGAGCCCAGCCAUCACACCCAUCAGCGGAGGUUUGGAGGACAGGGGCCGGGGUGGUUAUCGUAGCAGCACUCCAGGAGGCAGCAGUGAAAGCGUCAACGGAGAGAACGGACAUGGGCAAGGUCCGACCCACAAAGCUCUGAGCUCCACUCCCAGCCAUCAAUCGUCCCCACUGGGCCCCACUAAUAGCUCCAGACUAGGAGGCCCCGCCCGCAGGCCCAGAGGUCUGUUAUUUGAUGAGGACUCUCGCAACACCCCGGACUCCCUUUUUGGUCAACAUGGCAACACGGGAGGUCGCCCGGGAUCAGCAGACUUCAGCCACAACACCUCCAGCUCCAACUCACCCGUCAACUGCAGAGACCCCUCGGACCGUCAGACUCGCUCAGCCAGCCUCUCCAGUGAUGAUGUCACAGGUCUCAGCCAAUCACAACUGGCUCUGUCACGUAGCUCCACCCUUCCAUACGACCACGCGCCCCAGAGGGCUCAACCGCAGCGUGGAGGUGGGGUUCGGAGUAAGACCCGCACGUCUUCUCCUGUGAAUGAAAUGUUGACCCUGGAGGAGUUCCUUCACGAGAGCAACCUGAAGUCCCCCCCUAUGGUGUCAACAGGAAGCAAGGAGGACUUAAUGACUGAAUACUUCACCAGAAGUCCCGCCCCCUCGGGGCCCCCUGCCAGAGAUCAGACUCCUACCAGCUAUGUCACGCCCACUGUGCAGUCAUCCAACCAGAGGCCAGGCCAGAGCGUCAAGCCGUUGCCCCGCCAGCCUGUGGGCCAAUCCCCUGCCUCGUGCCAGACCGUCACCCAGAGGUCCUGCCAAUCCCUGAGCAGGGCGUUCAGCCUGGCUUCGGCUGAUUUGCUGCGCUCCAAUGGACCAGACAGUUUCCAUGGCAAUGAAGGCCAAUCAGAUGGGGUUGUCCGCAGACCAGGGGGAGGGGCUAACGGGAGGGAACGCCCUCUCUCUGCUCGGCUGGCUGGCCCAACCAAUCAGCAUGGAGACAGCAGCUUCCUGAAUCUGCCCAUUCACCAUUCCACCUCUCUUAAUCUGCAGACAGAGAGACACGCAGAGAGAGAGCGAGAGAGGGGGAGGACUCUGACUCCUGUGUCUCGAAAUGGCCCCACCCAGUCCUCCUCCUACCACAACCGUGGUGAGGUUGCCAUGGUCACCCCUGUCAGGGCUGUGUCGGCCACGCGACCCGAAGAACCCUCAGUACAAGGGGAGGGGCUAACGUCAGCUGACUCCUCCCACCUAGAGAAGGAAAGUGAGAGAGCAAGGUCUGGAUCUUUGGAACGGCCCAAGAGCACGCCUGCCUCCCCCGAUCCCAACAACGACCCCCAGACUGUGUGGUAUGAGUAUGGCUGUGUCUGAAGAGCAAGUGUGACUCUGUCAAAAAACUGGACCUGGAUUCUGUACAGUGUGCUGGGGCUGGGAGCUUUACAAACCCUCAGACAGGAGUUAUCAGCCUCUGAGCUGUGCUCUCUGUCAUGUAGAUACAUGCUCCAACUCUGGCAAGUCCUAUCUUUGCUCAAAUUCAACUGGAAUUGAGUCAACGAGCAGUCCCACAUGCAAACAAUGCUUGAUCAUCCUGUUGAAAGUUUGACAAAGUUGAACUCCAUCUGAUAAGAAGAUGCAACUUUUAAAACCUGGAAAGCUAAGCCAAAUUUGAAGGAAACCAUUUUUUUUAUCAAAAGCUGAAUCUGUCUGAGAUGGAUGCAAUAUGAACACAACAACACUAUAGAUGGUCUCUGAGGAUGCUGGAAUACGUUGCCUAUGCUGUUUAAUUUCAGUUUUUAAAAUGAAUAUUGAAUGUUUUGACCAGAUGAUCAAAUGAUUUUAAAGACUGCUAAAUUGAACACAGAGAUUGGAGAUGAGAACCCAUAACACUUAAAGCCUGCAGGAUCAGAGAGGACAAGGAAACCAAGUCUGGGCUCAGUCUAUGAGCUGGAACUCUCUGACUGCUGACCUGCUGGUGUUUACCUGGAACAAGCCAGCAUUAAAAAGAGUGGUUGAACUGAUUGAAGGCAAACAGAAGCAACUGAAUGUAUCGGCUUCCUCCUCCUCUUUCUGUUCUCCUCUAUUAUCUCAAACAAACACUGGAAGAAAGGAGCCGCAGAGGGGGAGGAAAGGGGUGGGGGUAAAGCAAAGAGGGUUGAAGCAAGUGAUGGAAGAAGGGGUUGAGGGGAGCUUUGCUGAGAACACAUUGAUGGAUGCUGGGACGGAUAUAAAGCAGGGACUUGAGGAAUGGAAGACAAAAAUGAUGGGCAGGGCUCCUCCCUGUUAAAUUACAGUCUUUCUCCCUCCAUCUUUAGACUCUCCUAGCAUGCAACACUCUGACACUUUACUGGAAAUGUUGUUCUACGCAAGCCAACACUAGUUUCAAACACACACACACACACACGUGUAUAUAAAUAUAUAUAAUGAUAUAUACAGACGGAGGAAUUGUCCUUGAGGGGGUCGACUGUGGCCUCGCUAACCAUUGAGCUGGAUUUAAUUCACACACACACACCACAGGGUGAACCACUGUGUUUUUGGGAGAGUGUACCGCUGCAUGCUAAGUAAGCCGGACAGUUGAGAGUACUGCAGAGAGGGAGAUAUUCAGGCUUGCAUUGAAUUCAAUAAAAGCAUACUGUAGGGAUUUGUCCUUUGGAUUUUGGAAUAUUUCUGACAAAUUGUAAAUGCAAUUGCAAAAACUAAAAAAUGAGGCUGCAAAAAAAAAGCAAAGCUAAAGGCAGCUAAUCUUUACUUGUUAGCUACCACAGCUUGGGACAUUCACCAGUGGGGUAUUUACUGAUGUGUUUUAUGUUGUAGAACAAAACAUGGAACCACUGAUCUUAUUUCAUGCAACUAACCAAAAAUACAUACCCUUUGAUUUCAAGACGAGGGAUCCAAAAGAGCUAAAAUGCUAACUCAUCUGUGAGUUUGAGGACACCUGCACCACUCUAUUAUGUUAGGUACAAGCAUGUUAAGCUCCUUUUAGUCUAGUCACAACACCGUCUCAGUGAUUUUAUUGUGUUACCAUCAAGAAUACAUACAGAGAUAUAUUAAACACAUCUUGUUCACCUUAUUAAGAGUGGAGGUAAUAAUAGAAGGUUAAAGAAGGUCUUCAACACUCCCAUUGAAAUAAAUGACCUUAGUUAUUCACACACAGGUGAAAAGGUGUAAAAAUGGGAAUUAUGCACAAUUAAUCAGAUUCAAAUGGAGACAUAUUUAGUGUUUUCAUCACCACUUUUGGGAGAAUUUAUAAAUACUUGCUGCAUUCUUUUGAGCCCAUUAAACAGAAGAGAGGAGGAGGUUAAAGGAAUAAAUGAAAGUGCGCUGGAGACAGACGAUGAAUGAUUAUUAUGCUGAUUUGACCCUUGUCUGUAAUUACUAACCCAUCCCUUCUGCAUUGUUAAUGACGAAGACAUUCCUAAAAAGCACUAGAGCGAUGAUGAGGAGGAGGAGGAGGAGGGAGAGGGAGAGGGAGAUGCAACACUGGAGAAAGAAGAUCUGACUGGAAUCCAUCACUAACCGUUCCUCUCAGCUUCCCAGCACAUGUCAAUAUGCAACGAGCUAAAUUAUUAAACCUGUAACAUUUGUACAUGACGUUAGAUUUUAUAAACUGGGGAAAUGUUUAGAAGACUUCUGGACUAGAACUUCACCUUUUUUAAAGAAGAAAUGUUUGUUGAUACCAAAAAUCCUGAUCAAUACCUGUGAAGUGGGUUUCAAGAUCUUUUUUAUCGUGUAAGAUCCUUUUAGCAGAUGAAGUGAAAUGAUGAUACACUGUAGGUUGAUGCUGUCUAUUUACCUGCUUUGUGUGUGUGUUGCCUUUUUAAUGUCUGCACUCCUUUCAUUUUUAGUUCUUUAAGUGUGUGUGUGUGCGUGUCUGUGUUUCAGUUUGCUGAUGUCAAAUUUCGUCAUUAGAAAUAGAAAGUUCUAAGAAACUUUUUAUAUAUUGAAACCAUCUUGCGCAUCUCACUUCUUCCUGGAAAGUGUGUGUGUGUCCUCACUCUCUGUUUGUCUGUAUGUCUGCAUUGUUUACUACCUGUGUUUCCACGAUGACCUUCUCAUUUUUGUGGUUGUUAAUGAAAGACUUGCGUUGAGAGGAACGGCAUCAUCAGCCCGCCUGCUUCCUGCUCAGUGACGGAUUUGUCUUACCGCAGAUGAACACUAAGAACCAGAAAGUUAUGAAUUCAAGAGAAGUAAAGCAGAAGGGAAAGGAGUGCUUACGUCACGGACAUUUCCUGCUGUAACUGGAGUAGCCUCUACUUCACUUUAGAACUGCUCUGCUGUGAUGUGACUACUGUUCAAAUCUACUGUUUUGGUUGGGUAGAGACUGUUGAAAUCACACCCAAAAGAUUUUUGGUAAUAAAGAUUUAUGAAAGUGAA